UUCUCCUUCCCCCAUUCCUCCUUUUUCAAUUUUGGUGAGACAACGUUGAAUAAUCAAAUUUAUUCCUUUCACAUAAACAUAUAUAGCUGUUUAUCGGUUCUUCUUUAGUUUUUUGGAAAAAUGAAGUUUUUCAGUGUCGCAUUUUUUGCCAUUAUGGCCUUGAUUGGUAUUGCUUUUGCCUCCCCCUUGAGAAUGCAAGCUUACGAUGACAUCAACUGUAAGGGUAGUAAAAGUUAUGCGAUUUCUUUGAACAACUGCCAAAAGUUCCGUGAUAUUGCUUCCAUCAAAUCAUAUGUCGAUCGUGGCGUUUGCACUGCCUCCAUCUACGCUACUGAUAAUUGCUCUGGUGAUCCUAUCUUGAGACAAGAGAUCCAAUCUGGCUGCAACAACUUGGAUGUCUCCGUUUCCGGCUCUUGGGUAUUCACCUGCUAAGUCCAUCAUUAGAAUUACCAUGGGUAGCAAAGAAAAAAUCCUUUGAUGGGAAUCGCUGUGCCGUCUAGCUUCAGCUCUUCCUGGCUUUAGUAUAAAUAUACUGAUAUG